AUGUAUAGAGGAUCAACUGUGUUUGAGCCGAGCCCAUCAAUCAAAAAUAUACUGGUCACCGGAGGUGCUGGCUUCAUCGCGUGUUGGCUGGUCCGUCAUCUCGUUCUAACAUAUCCAAACGCAUACAAGAUAAUUUCUUUCGACAAUUUAGAUUAUUGUGCUUCUCUGAAUAAUAUUCUACCUCUUGAUUCUUGGGCAUCUUUUACUUUUGUUCGCGCCGACAUUACUUCUCCUGACGAUGUCCUUACUUGCCUACAGGCUCAUGAAGUCGACACUAUUGUUCAUUUUGCAGCUCAAUCUCACGUUGAUUUGAGCUUCGGAAACUCUUAUCAGUUCACUAGCACCAAUGUUUAUGGUACCCACGUUCUCUUGGAAAGUGCCAAGGCAUGCGGCAUACGGCGCUUCGUCCAUAUAUCUACGGAUGAAGUGUACGGCGAAGUCAAAUCGAAUGAGGACGAGUUGUUGGAGAGCAGUAUUUUGGCGCCGUCAAACCCAUAUGCGGCUUCCAAGGCCGCAGCGGAGAUGCUUGUCAACGCUUACUGGAAAAGCUUCGACCUCCCCGUGAUAAUUGUUCGAUGCAAUAAUGUUUACGGGCCUCAUCAAUUCCCAGAAAAAAUCAUUCCCAAGUUUUCAUGUCUCCUCCAACAAAAGAGGAAACUACUAGUGCAUGGAGAUGGACGGCAUACGAGGAGAUACCUUUACGCUGGUGAUGCCGCCGAUGCGUUGGACACUAUACUUCACCGAGGGGCUAUUGGCCAUACAUACAAUCUCGCCUCUCGCGAUGAGAUAUCGAAUCUAGGCCUCUGCGCCAAGUUACUCGGGCUCUUUGGGCUUGAUGGCGGCGAUUCCAGGGUAUUCGAUGCGUGGGUGCAGCACACAAAAGACCGCCCGUUUAACGACCGCCGCUAUGCUAUUGAUGGAAGCAAGCUCCGCAACUUGGGCUGGGAACAAAAAACAACAUUCGACGAAGGUUUAAGAAUCACAGUGGAGUGGUAUCGGAAGUAUGGUACCACUUGGUGGGGCGACAUUAGUCGAAUCCUGACACCGUUCCCAGUCAUUGAAGGAAGUAAGGUCUUCACCGAAGAGGAGCAUGAGGCGAGGGAAGACCAUCCAUUGCGGAGGGCUAGCCUGAGAGCCAAUAGUCUGAGUGCAUGACUUACUUUUCCAUGGCAGAGUCCGAGUCGAAAUCAUUUCCGGACAGAUCGAAGCCCAACGUCCCACCCUGCAAGCAUCAAUGCGGCUUAUCAUCUUCGCGAGGUCGCAUUCUUAACUACUAUUCCGACGAUCCCGCUGCGC